AUAAAGAUGACGAAUUAGAUGACUGUGAUUAUGAAGUAGAUGAAAUAAUAAGUAAUUUAGAAGAAGUUUCUUCAAAAAUUAUUGAUGAUAUAGAAAAUUUAGAUCCAGAUAAUCGAAAUGACUUACCAACUACCUCUCUUUUCGAAUUUUUUAAUCCUCAAUUAAUUCAUAAU